AUGGAUUUACAGUCUCCUACUCCCUCGGUAGAGGACGGCUCGCAGGCAACUGCCAGCUCACUGCGUCAGCCAAAGAAAAGAUUUGUUGGACGACGAACCGCAGAUGCCCAAGCCCAGAAAGACACUGGCAAGGAUGUCGAGUCGACAGCGGUGCAGACUGCUGCCCCGCGACGAAUCCCUCGUACGCUCAAUCAAGUCCCACCAGAGAUUCUGAACGAUCCCGAAAUCCAAGAAGCAUUGGAGCUUCUCCCCAAAAAUUACUCUUUUGAGAUCCCCAAAACAAUUCACCGAGUCCGCACAUCAGGCGCAAAGCGCGUGGCCCUUCAAUUCCCAGAGGGACUCCUGAUUUUCGCGACAACCAUCUCCGAUAUCCUGACCCAGUUCUGCCCAGGCAUCGAAACAUUAAUUAUGGGCGAUGUCACUUACGGCGCAUGCUGCAUCGACGACUACACCGCAAGAGCUUUGGGCUGUGACCUGCUCGUGCACUACGCCCACAGUUGCCUAAUUCCAGUGGACGUAACAAAAAUCAAGACACUAUAUAUCUUCGUGGACAUCAGCAUCGACACAACCCAUCUGCUAGCCACCCUGGAGCGCAACUUCAAACCAGGCCAAAGCAUCGCAACAGUCGGCACGAUCCAAUUCAACGCCACCCUUCACGGCCUCAAGCCAGUCCUCGAACGCGCCGGCUUCCGCGUCGUAAUCCCACAAAUCACACCCCUCUCCAAAGGCGAGAUCCUCGGUUGCACAUCACCCCAACUAGCCGAUACAGAAAUCGACGCAAUCCUCUACCUCGGCGAUGGCCGCUUCCACCUCGAAUCAGCCAUGAUCCACAACCCCACCAUCCCAGCCUACCGUUACGAUCCGUACUCACGCACCCUCACACGCGAGAGCUACGAGCACGAGGAAAUGCACACCAUCCGCCGCGACGCCAUUGCCACCGCCCAAUCCGCUCGCAAGUGGGGUAUCAUCCUCGGUUCUCUGGGUAGACAAGGAAACCCCAACACGAUGGCGAUGAUCGAAAAGCACCUGCGCGAGCGUGAUAUCCCCGUCGUCAACCUGCUACUCAGCGAGAUCUUCCCGGGCAAGCUAGCCUCCAUGGCAGAUGUGGAGUGCUGGGUGCAGAUUGCCUGUCCGCGCUUGAGUAUUGAUUGGGGCUAUGCAUUCCCGCGACCAUUGCUGACACCUUACGAGGCAUUGAUUGCGUUGGGAGUACGUGAAAACUGGGAUAAGGGCAAUAAGGGUGUGUACCCGAUGGACUUUUAUGCGAAGGAGGGACUUGGUCGGACGAGGCCAGAGCAGGCUGCUUGA